AUGGCCUUCCAUCCUACCAUUGGUGGCCUCCGUCUUCCUGCUCCCGCCGCUGCUGGUCCCAUGCAGAUCAUAGAUCUGGAUCUCCUGCCGUCCGAUGGAGAUCGAUCGUUCUGCCACGAGGGCGACCCUCUCUUCGCUGUCGUCGACCCUGAUCAGGUCGCUCAAGACUUCCGCGCUGCCUUCGGGCGUCAAGCUGACUUGCAAGUCCUCUUCGGAGGCGCUCCCUUCCAGACUCGCGGCCUCCCCCUUGGCUACCAGGUCGAGCAUCGUGUCUACCCUGGUCGCAGGGAGAUGAGAAUCUAUGGACACCCCAGUGGCCAUUACUUCAAGUCGUGGCGCACGUGGGGUGUUCAUCUCACCUCCCUGCUCAAGGAAGACCUGCAGAAUUGUGCUUGCUGCUUGUGUGCCUCCUGGCGCACCAACGCUCCUGCCCACGCCGCCAUUGUCGUCGGUCUCCCUCUUGUUGCUGGUGGUGCUGUGCCUGCUGCUCUUGCUGCCACUGUUGCUCGUGAGCAGCAGAGAGUCAGGGAGGAAGCUGCUACUGGGCAGAGUGUGGAUCUUUUGGUCAGAGCGAGUGAGGUUGUUGAUCUGCCUGAGUGGCAGAGAGUCAUCAUUCAGGAGGCUGUACAGAGUAUUCUUGGUCGUGGCCGUUAG